GGACCUGCCUACAUUGGGCGGGGUCUUAGCCUCUGGGGCGGAGCCUGUGCGUCCUUGCACAGCUCCUGGCUCUCAAAGGCCGGCUAGGAUCUGAGGCAGGCAGCUGGGCACAGCUAAGGCACUGGAGACAUUAACCUCGGAGACAACAAUUGUCUACAACCCAUAGGCGGUACCAUGUCACUUGAUAUGAAAGAGCAUCCCGGUGCUGAGGUACAAAAGAACCGAGUAUUGACCCUGGAAGACUGGCAAGACAAGUGGGUGACCCGCCACAUCUCAUUCCACCAGGAGCAAGGGCACCAGCUCUUAAGGAAGCAUUUGGAGACAUUUCUUAAAGGCCAGGAUGGACUGAGAGUGUUUUUCCCCCUCUGUGGAAAAGCCAUUGAGAUGAAAUGGUUCGCAGACCGGGGCCACACUGUAGUUGGUGUAGAAAUCAGUGAAAUUGCGAUUCGGGAAUUUUUUGCAGAACAGAAACUUUCAUACACAGAAGAGCCGCUCACCAAAAUUGCUGGUGCCAAAGUAUUUAAGAGUUCUUCAGGGAACAUUUCCUUAUACUGCUGCAGCAUUUUUGAUCUUCCCAGAGCAAACAUUGGCAAGUUUGACCGGAUUUGGGAUAGAGGAGCAUUAGUGGCUGUCAAUCCGGGCGAUCGUAAUCGCUAUGCAGACAUAAUACUGUCCCUACUGAGAAAAGAGUUUCAGUACCUCGUGGCCGUCCUUUCCUAUGAUCCAACAAAGCACGCAGGCCCACCAUUUUAUGUUCCAGAUGCUGAACUUAAAAGGUUAUUUGGUACAAAUUGUGUCAUGCACUGCCUUGAAGAGGUCGAUGCUUUUGAAGAAAGACAUAAAACCUGGGGGAUUGACUACAUUUUUGAAAAGUUGUAUCUCCUUACAGAGAAGUAGAAAAGCAGCCCUGUGUUGGAGCACACCAUUUACCUCAGCAGGCUAGCCUGGUCUAUGAGUGAGUUCCAAGACAGCCAGGGAUACACAGAGAGACCCUGUCUGGAAAAACCAACCAACCAAACAAACAAACAAAAAACACCAAUUAAUCCCUGUAUGAGUUUUUGAACAAUUAAAAAUUAUGUUGAGGGUUAA